UAUAGCUGCGCUACAUAGAACUUGUAAAAACUAGAAUACAUGGCGGUUGAUCGUGGUCGCGCAGUUUCCUGUUUUAUGCCGAGAUAUAACUACAGCUAGCUAGACUACGAGAGUGCGCGUCAAUACAUUCGCGUUGAGUCAUCGCAAUGGAGAAGUGUGUUUGUGGGCGUAGAUAACUGAUUUGGAUGUCGGCAAGACUACCCAGUACUCAGUACCCAGUACCCAGUACCCAGUGACUUGCAGAAGCGGUGUCAUAGGUUCCGACUGCUGAUAUCAGAUUUCACUAAGCUGCAUGGCCGCGCUGCGUCUGUGACGCGGGAAGCAGUGUGUGUGUGUGUGCCUGGCUGGGAGCAUUAAGAGCGAUCCGCGGACCCUAGCCAUCCUGCAUGAGUGUGCAUAGCGUACAAGGAAGGAGCGGUUUGCUUUGACCGCAAGCAUGUUCGGGUUCAAGACAGGUCCGUUUCCGACCUUCACGCCACGCCGCGCGAUAACGGUUGAUCUAAGGAGCCUCGUGAUGGGACAGACGCUUUCCGAGCCAGUCACAUCGAAGGAGACAACGGGAUGCGAGAACGUAUACGUGAAAGUUGCUUCAUCUUGCAUGCAGGGAUGGAGAAUGAACAUGGAAGAUGCCCAUACACAUAUCCUUGCUCUGUCUGAAGACAAAGAGGCUGCAUUCUUUGCUGUUUAUGAUGGCCAUGGUGGUAAUCUGGCUUUAUCACGAGCUCUCGGAGACUUUGUAUUUAAGAAGAAUGACCGAAAACGGGCAGAGGAACAGAUAGUGACAGCAUAUCCAGACGUCGUGGUGCGGGACAUAACCAUAGAACACGAGUUUAUUGUGCUUGCUUGCGACGGAAUCUGGGACGUGCUCACGAAUCAGGAGGUGAUUGACUUUGUGCGUGCACGACUUGCACAGCAGAUGUUACCUGAUCAGAUCUGUGAAGAGUUGAUGAUGAGGUGCCUGGCACCUGACUGCCAAAUGGGUGGCCUGGGCUGUGACAACAUGACCGUUGUACUAGUGUGCCUCCUGCAGGGUCAGCCGUGGGAAGAUCUCUGCCUCAAGUGCGGGCGGCCAAAGAUGGCCGACCGGUUAGUUGACAUUCACACCCCUCCCGGAGACAUUGACCUUCAUCCAGAAAACAGUCUGUUGUCAACAGAGGCACGUGAUUGGUCAGAGGCCAAGUAGCCAUCUGCCUAGUAGGAUGCAUUUGAUUAUUUAACAAUAGCUUAUAAUUGAUGGUUACCCAACAGUGCUGUUCAAUUGGCCAGAGCUCGGGUGACCAUCAAUGGAAGUGCCAUUGCAUGGAUAAAGACCACGCAUUCAUCUAGAAUAUUGCAGUUUGGCAGUCUAUGGUUAUAGUCACUCGUUCUUGUUCACACACACUAGAUGCCUAUGCUGCCAUAGACUUAAUCUCUGUAUAGGUUCUCAGAUAGAUGAUUGUAUUGUCAAAUAUUUAUAGAAGCUACCACACAGACUAUGAAAAAAGUCUGCCGUAAGAAAGUUGUAUUAAAGGAAGAAAAACCAUCAUAGUAGCAUGAAUAUUCUACAGUUUUUUGGGGUUCUUUAAAGGUUAGAGAACAAUCUAUGUUGCUGUUUGAAUGCAUGAAAAGUCAUUUGGUGUGUCAAAACCUUGUCAUCAUUUUGGAAAAUCGGGCACUAUAGAUUAUUAAGGUAAAGUGGUCAGCAUUUAUCUCUGCCUUUGGCCAAGUGUCACAUGCAGUAAUGAACUUUUUACAUGUCAGGUAUUGUGGUCACUGACGUGUGCUUCACCUUUGAAAUCUAAAUGACAUAGUUUGGCCAAUAACAUAGAUUAAGAUUAUAUUUAAAUGCAUUUUGUGCUGACAAGUGUGAACAAAAUAAAAACAAAUAAUGUUCAGAGGCUCAACUAUGGUAAACAUCAAUGCACGUGCUCAGAAAGGUAUAUCCUUAUUCCUCAAUGAUAUUCUAGGAAAGCAUCAGGUGUCAAAGUGUAAAACACAUAGUACUUACUGCUAAAGAUGUCAUCUGUAUUGCACCAGUAAAUUAUUACACUACAUAGCUGGCUGGUAGUGUCUCGUAGGUCUCACCAACUAUGAGGCUCGUUUGUCUCUUGUUUGAAUGUCUGCCAUCUAGUUGUUUUGUAUAGUUUGUAUUAAAUAUAUACUUUGUCAUGUUUAGUUAGUUAAAGGGGCCCAAACGUUUAUACCAUAAUGUAGUAAGCUUCGAUAGCAUAUCUGCUUGCUCAACCAGCAUCGUUAUAAUGUUGUAUGCAACUAUUAGUGGGGCAACCAUGUUUGAACCUUUUAUUGAAAAGGGUUUUUGUCCGAAAAUUGCACUUGCUAUAAAACGUGAACAUGAUUUCAAAUGGGCUUGCAUGUAACCUACUAUAUGUAUUCAGUUUAUCAAUCUGAUGAGUGAGAACUUGUUUCUUUGCUAUGAUGCAACUGCAAAUAUAUGUGUGAUAAAGCCGUUACAA